GUGCGUGAGCCUGAGCCAGAGCCCAGAGCGAGUGGUAGCGUGGUGGCCGUGGUUUGGAAUGGCGGCGUGGGCGGUGGCGAUGGUGGUGGUGGUGGCGGCGGCGGCGGCGGCGGCGAGCGCGAAGGAGUGCACCAACAUCCCGACGCAGCUGUCGUCGCACACGGUGCGGGCGCGGCUGCAGGCGUCCCCCGGGGCGGCGGAGUGGCGGCUGCGCGAGCUGUUCCACGACCACCUCAACCCCACCGACGAGGCCGCGUGGAUGGACCUCAUGCCGCCGCCGCGCGGGGGGAUGCGCGCCGCCGCCGCCGCAGGGGAGCGCGAGGAGGAGUUCGACUGGGCGGUGCUGUACCGGUCGCUCAAGGGCCAGCAGCUUCCCGGCGGCGGCGCGGCGGCGGCGGCGGCUGCCGGGCCGUUCCUGGAGGAGGUGUCCCUGCACGACGUGCGGCUGGACCCCGACGGCGACGCGGCGUACGGGCGCGCGCAGCGGACCAACCUCGAGUACCUGCUGCUGCUGGACCCCGACCGCCUCGUCUGGAGCUUCCGGACCCAGGCGGGGCUGCCGGCGCCGGGGGAGCCCUACGGCGGCUGGGAGGGCCCCGACGUCGAGCUCCGGGGCCACUUCGUCGGGCACUACCUGAGCGCGGCGGCCAAGAUGUGGGCGAGCACGGGCAACGCCACGCUCGCCGGCAGGAUGGCGGCGGUGGUGGGCGCGCUGCACGAGUGCCAGCGCGCCGCCGGCACCGGCUACCUCUCCGCCUUCCCCGCCGAGUUCUUCGACCGCUUCGAGGCCAUCAGGCCCGUCUGGGCGCCCUACUACACCGUCCACAAGAUCAUGCAGGGCCUCCUCGACCAGCACGUCGUCGCCGGCGACGGCAGGGCGCUGGGGAUGGUGGUCGCCAUGGCCGACUACUUCGCCGGCCGCGUCAGGAGCGUCAUCCGGAGGUACAGCAUCGAGCGGCACUGGGCGUCGCUCAACGAGGAGACCGGCGGGAUGAACGAUGUGCUCUACCAGCUCUACACCAUCACGAAGGAUCAGAGGCAUCUAGUGCUCGCCCAUCUUUUCGACAAGCCAUGCUUCCUGGGGUUGCUUGCAGUGCAGGCUGACAGUCUUUCAGAUUUCCACGCCAACACACAUAUUCCGGUUGUCGUUGGCAGCCAAAUGCGAUAUGAAGUUACAGGUGAUCCUCUUUACAAGGAAAUUGCAACGUUCUUCAUGGACACAGUGAAUUCUUCCCACGCAUAUGCGACUGGUGGCACAUCUGUCAGUGAAUUCUGGUCUGAUCCAAAGCGUUUAGCUGGUGCGCUGACAACCGAGACAGAGGAGUCCUGCACAACUUACAAUAUGCUCAAGGUUUCGCGCCAUCUAUUCAGAUGGACGAAGGAAAUCGCGUACGCAGACUACUAUGAGCGAGCGCUGAUCAACGGCGUCCUGAGCAUCCAGAGAGGCAGGGAUCCCGGUGUGAUGAUCUACAUGCUUCCACAGGGCCCCGGGAGAUCAAAGGCAAGGAGUUACCAUGGUUGGGGAACACAGUUUAACACAUUCUGGUGUUGCUAUGGCACUGGGAUAGAAUCCUUCUCGAAACUGGGGGAUUCCAUCUACUUUGAGGAGAAAGGUGAAAGACCAGCACUGUACAUUAUUCAGUUUAUACCGAGCACGUUCAACUGGAGAGCUGCAGGCCUUACUAUAACCCAGAAACUGGAGCCUCUCAGCUCAUCAGAUCAGUAUCUCCAGGUCUCAUUCUCCAUAUCUACAAAGACAAACAGUCAGUUUGCGACAUUGAAUGUAAGAAUACCAUCAUGGACAUCUUUGAGUGGUGCCAAGGCAACUUUGAAGGACAAAGAUCUGGAACUAACCUCUUCAGGGACAUUCCUCACAAUCAGCAAGCAGUGGGAUAGUGGUGAUCGCUUGUCACUCCAAUUACCUAUCCACCUACGGACAGAAGCAAUAAAAGAUGAUCGGCCGGAGUACGCAUCCAUACAGGCGAUCCUGUUCGGUCCGUUCCUCCUCGCCGGCCUCACCACCGGAGACUGGGACGCCAAGACCGGCGGUGCCACCGCCGCACCCUCCGACUGGAUCACCCCCGUCCCUCCGGAGUCCGACUCCCAGCUGGUGACCCUCGUGCAAGAGUCCGGCGGCAAGGCUUUCGUGCUCUCCGCCGUGAACGGCUCCCUGACGAUGCAGGAGCGGCCCAAAGACAGCGGCGGCACCGACACCGCUGUCCACGCGACGUUCAGGCUCAUCCCCCAAGGUAAUCCCGGCGCCGGUGCCACGAACUCGACGGCCUCCGUGACGCUCGAGCCGUUCGACAUGCCGGAGAUGGUGGUCACGGACAAGCUCACGGUAUCCGCGGAGAAGAGCUCGGGUGCGCUGCUCGACGUCGUGCCGGGGCUCGACGGUAGCCCAGGCUCGGUGUCCCUCGAGCUCAGGGCCAAGCCGGGGUGCUUCUUGGUCGGCGGCGGCGAGAAGGUCCAGUUCGGCUGCGGCGGUGUCCGGAAACGCGGCGGCGACGGCGGCGGCGGCUUUGGGUUCCGGCAGGCGGCGAGCUUCGUGCGGGCCGAGCCGCUGCGGCGGUACCACCCGAUGAGCUUCGCCGCCAAGGGGGUGCGGAGGAACUUCCUCCUGGAGCCAUUGUUCACCUUGAGGGACGAGUUCUACACCGUCUACUUCAACCUCGGAUCCUGACAGGGAGAUGGAACUAGUGCAGCUCGAGGUUGAUGGAGGCUCUGCUACCUCUCACCAAGAAAAAAAAUGUUGGAUUGGAGGUGGGCGAUAAUGUAGCGCGAUUUUCCUUUUUUUGUCCAUAAAUCAUUUAUAAAAAAAUGUAAGCAGGUCAGAUUGUGAUCUCGUUGUCCAUUGGUUGUUCGAAAAAAUUCUAUAGAUGUGUAGUUCACAACUUUGAUGGAUGAUAUGAUGUUUCGACUUGUGUC